GAUAGCAGCAAUGGGCUUUAACCAAGUAGGGAUUAGUGUGCUGUUGCUCUUUGCAGUUGGUGGUGCAACUGCACAAUGGCAUGGCUUGGCUGCUCUUCCACCUCCUUCUGGACUUCAAGCCAUCAAACCAGUGCCUCCUUCUCUGCAAGGUAGUGCUGGGUUGCCACCUCAGUGGAUUCAAAGGGAUCCUCAAACUGGAGGUCCUGCCGUAGCCACACUUGGACUGCAGCUUCAAAAUCCUUCAGGUGCUCAAGGCCAGCAAGUAGUGCAACAACCAGCAAAGCAAGUGACUUGGCGCUUUCCAGCAGCACCACAAAUCCCAACUCCACCAGCACCAGUGCACUUUGUAAGGCAGUCUGACCCUGUUCCUACCCAGGGUGUAACAGCAAGGUGCAAUGAGACUGCAGUGCGUGUAGAGGUAAGAAGAGAUCUGUUUGGAACUGCUGCACCCCUCAAUAUUGCUGCCCUCACACUGGGAGGCUGUGGUGCCAGUGGGAUGGAUGCUUCUUCUCAGGUCUUCAUCUAUGAAUCGGCUUUGCAUGGCUGCAACAGCAAACUGACAGUGACUGCAAAGGAGCUGGUCUACAUCUUCACCCUUGGUAUUUCUUCAGUGUCUCUAAGUGGUACUCCCAUUCAAAGGAGUGCUGGUGCUAAGGUUUUCAUUGAGUGUCACUACCCGAGACUCCACAAUGUGAGUAGCAGUGCUCUCUUGCCUGCUUGGAUCCCAUAUGCUUCUGCCCAAGCUGCUGAGGAACUACUUGUUUUCUCCUUGAGGCUCAUGAUGGAUGACUGGAUAUCUGAAAGGCCAUCUAACCAGUACUACCUGGGUGAGCUGAUCAACAUUGAGGCCUCUGUACUGCAGUUUAACCACGUACCCCUGCGUGUCCUUGUUGACAGCUGUGUGGCCACUGCUGUCCCUGACAUCAAUGCAGUUCCUAGAUAUUCCUUCAUUGAGAACUAUGGGUGCUUGGUUGAUGCCAAGCUUACACACUCCAGUUCCCGCUUCUUGCCUCAAACUCAAGCAUCCAAACUGAGAUUUCAGCUGGAGGCAUUCAGGUUUCAACAAAUGAACAGUAGCUUGAUCUACUUUGCAUGUCUCUUGAAAGCAACUGUGGCAUCUGCUCCUGCUAAUGCUGAGUACAAGGCUUGCUCCUUCACCAACAAUGGAUGGACUGCUGCAUAUGGUGCUGACCAGGUGUGUAGCUGUUGUAGCAGCAGCUGUGGAGUUGGUGCUUUGAGGAAGGGCCGUGAUCUGUCAUCAAAGCAAGGCCUGCAGCUAGUGAAGGAAGUAAGCCUUGGCCCAGUCAUGGUUCUGGAAAAUGCUUGGUAGUCUAAGGACUUCACCUUUGCCUCAAUAAAGUGUUAUAAAAUGCA